AUGAACAAAAAGAUAAAGGGAACUUGGGGUAAGGGGAGGCAGAGGGGGGGAGGCUCGCAACCUGGCUCUACUAGACAGAACAAGUUUGGAAUGUACGAAAUGACGGAAGGCGACAGGUUUCGGCCGCGCGCAACCGCUAACUGGAUGGCGCCGAAGCCCGAGGCUGCGAGUGUAAGGUGUAAGCUGCGUCUGUGUGUGUACAUAAUUGUUGAUAACAACAAUUAUAAUAGUAGUGUUAAGGGAACACGUGAUAAGGGUGGAGCAAAUAACCACGGCAUUAUGUCGAUGCAUCCCCCUAUAGUGCACCAGACACCCAUCGAUCUGGCUGAUCCGGCUGCCCAUAUGCCUAGUGAUCCGGCUGCACUAGCUACCCAUCGUAUGCCCACUGAUUCUGCUGUACAAACUGCCUUUAUACAUAUUGAUCUGGCCAAGCUAGCUAAAGUAGUGGACAGGCGGACAUGUGGACAGGCGGACAUGCUGCGGUUGGUCUUUGGUUCAGAAUAUCGUGACACAUACGGACAAGAUCCUUGGCAAGGAGGGUCGACAUCACGGUAA